AUGAAAAUUAAGUAAUAAAAAACUAAAUAGAAAUCGAAAAUGGGCGAUUAGAAAAAGAGCUUUUUUAUUGGAAAAAAAAUGGAAUGUAAAAAUAAACAGAAGAGAAAUUAUCUUUUAAUUAAAAAGAAGAUUUAAUAAAAUAAAAUCAGUAAAAUUAGUAAAAUCUAACUUAUUAAUUAAAACUGGAAUUUUAAGAAUUAAAAGAGGUUUUAUAAGAAAAAAUUCAAUUAGGAAAUUUUACAAAAAACCAAAUUGAAAAAAAAGAAUUAAUAAAAGAUGAAUAUGAAAAAAUGUAUGAGAUAAAAAAAGAAUAAUAAAUGA